AUGGCUCCUGAAUCCUUGGGAAGAAGCGCCGAAGUCACCAUGGAGGAGGAUAGCCAUACGGAGUUGGAAACCAAUAAUCAGGAUGAGAGAAGGCCGUCCUAUCGGAAUAUGCUUAUAGGAAAAAGUCUGAUCAAUGGCUUCCAAGAUUCAGAUGAGUUUGGACCCAUUGACAAGAACGAAGGAUUAAUAGCGGUAGGUUGCAAGGAUUCUUGGCCGUCGUUGACGACGUCAGAGAGAUAUAGGGAUAGCCUGCAAGUUAGAUGGACUAAUUGCCUAAUUCUGAAACUACUUGGGAAGUCUAUAGGAUUCCGGGAUCUUGAUGAAAGAAACAGGAAAACGUGGGCGCCGAAAGCAGACUAUGAAUUGAUAGACGUUGGUGAUGGAUAUUUCUUAACUAAGUUUUCCUCGGUGGAUGACCUUAGAUUUUCUAUAGAGGAAGGACCAUGGAUUAUUUAUGGUCACUAUCUUACGGUUCGGAGAUGGUUUGCUGACUUUCACCCUUCUUCAACCACUAUAGAUUCGACUGCAGUGUGGGUUCGGUUUCCAGAACUCCCGAUACAUUAUUACAGUGAACGUAUGCUUUUUGCAAUGGACAACACCAUUGGGAGAGCGUUGAAGGUGGACCCGAAUACCAGUUAUGCCUCGAAAGGACGGUUUGCUCGCGCCUGUGUCGAAGUCGAUUUUGGUAAAUCUCUUGUGCCAAAAAUUGAAGUUGAUAAUAGAUGGUAUUACGAGGGACUACCGCUUAUCUGUUUCGGUUGUGGGAAAUUUGGUCACCGAGACUGCUCUUCGAUUGUUGCACUCGCAUCCGCGGAGGCGGGUCAGAUGUGUACUACGCGGAUGCAACACAGCGUAAAGCCCGCAUGUAACGUUUUUGAAGGUUAUCACGACGUAAUAUUGGUGCAACGUGAUAAGAGAAUCGUAUCACAAUUGUUGCGGUAA